ACACCAUGAGCAGUUAAAUAAUCACCGUUUAGUCACUUAUUAACACUUCUUACAUUCCAAAAAUCAUAAUGAACUGAAUGUAUAAUUUCCUGCAUUAAAGUACUUCAGAAGAGCUUCUAAGAAUGCUAGGAAUUUGCCAUUUCCACGGUCUGCCCUUUCCUGUUUCCUAUUUUAGCUGCUCUCCUGCCUCCAAGCUGAGGGGAGUGCGGAGGAAUUCACGGGGAACGGAAGCAGAUCUCCCGCUCAGUGAACAUUCCCAACUGUCAUCUUGGCUUUUCCUGCAGCCGUUCAUGACUAGUGGUGAUGACCAAAUCUUUCCAGCAAAUGCUGGUAGUAGCAGCAGUAUUGUCAGAGAGCAGCAUUUUGUUAACUGGUUAGUGAAUUCUGAAUUAAACGAGGAUCAUUCUGACAGCACUGAUGAUGAGGAUGAUGAUAUUGAUGAAAGUGGACUGAAGGUGUGCGAAUGUAACACUCCAGUCAGUGAAUGGGAUUCAGACCUACUCGACCCUGAGGAACAGUACCAUCUACCCCGGAGCAGCCCUGUCAUAUCCCGCAAGCGGCAUAACACAGAGACAAAACAACAGUCUGAUCGGUCUUUGACACCUCCAAUAUGGGAACUAUCCAUCUCUCCAGUGAUGAAAUCCAACUAUUCAAGUGCACAUAGAAUUAGUCCCUCAGAGAAAGACAGAAACCUUGAUCACUGUGAUUCACCCAAGGGCUCUUCAGGACGGACAGUGUUCCUCACAGGUAAUCAUGGCAGAGGAAUUUCACACGUCUCUCAGCACACUCAGCUUCACAGCCGGUCUUUAGUUUCUAGACGGUUACAUGAGGAUUUCCAGUCAAAGACUAAAAGAAGAGCCUGCUCUGACAUCCCACCAGCUUCUGCUCAGACGAGCUCAGACCGAGCUAAGAAACAUGGAUCAUGUGUUGAUGUACACAGCACUGAAGAUCUCUACAGUUUGGACCAGGAAAAUGCUCAUUUUGUAGUUGUGGAUAUGGUACUGGAAGUUCUGGAGGCGGUGAAAUGGGUUUUGUGUCUGCAGCAGUUAAAAAACACACAUCCUCAUCAAAACAGAUGUGAAACACACAAUACUUCAAAAACAGACUCAAUCACUUCAUUUGACAGCGGGUUUGAGGAUGACAGCGCCCCCCAACUAUCUUCAAACAGAUACUCCCUGGCUUCAUUUCAGAGUUGUCUCCAGAGCUCCAGAAUGCAGUGUUCUGCUGAAGAUCUAGCCCAUCAUUUGGUGUCAGAGUUCAGGAAGCAGUGGUUCCCCUCUGAGCUACUGCAAAACCCUGUUAACCUCAACUCUGCUCUGCAGGAAGUCGCUUUCCCUAUUAUAGCAGAGGACAGAAUCAGCAUAAGUGAAGAGAUCAUGCAGAAGACCAGAAUGAGAGGAGCAUUAACCUGGGCUCCACCCAAAUUUAAAAUCAUCUUCUAUGUCCAGCCAACACACAGACGCAGUGACAUCAUCGCUUCGCAGCACUUCCUGUGUGCAGGUUGUGGUACUAAAGUCGAGCCCAGGUAUAUAAAGAAAUUGCGGUAUUGUGACUACCUGGGUAGAUACUUUUGUGAUGGCUGCCACGGUGGUUUGGAAUCAGUGAUUCCAGGUCGGGUUCUGAAUAACUGGGAUUUUGCACGGUAUCCGGUCUGCCAUUUUUCCAGACAGUUACUGGACUCUAUAUGGCAGCAACCGCUUUUCAAACUUACAAGUGUGGCCAAAAACCUGUACAGCCAGGCCAAAGAGCUACAGCGUUUCAGAGAACUACAGGAACAACUAAUAUCCAUCAAAAAGCUUCUGAGUACAUGCAGACUAUCAGCUGGAGUCCUUGAUGAGUUUAAACAACUUCCUGCUCACCUGAUGCAGGAACUCCACCUCUUUUCCAUAGAAGACCUCAUCAGGGUGAAAAAGGGUCAGCUCUGUACCAUUGCAAAAGCCUUGCUGCAGUCUGCAGUUGCUCACAUAGAUCUUUGUGAGCUGUGUCAGGCCAGAGGUUUUAUCUGUGAGUUCUGUCAUGGGAAGGAAGUGCUUUUCCCUUUUCAGAGAGACACCUGCACCCGCUGCCAAGAUUGCAAAGCCUGUUUCCACAUCUCAUGUUUCCGUGAUGAAUCAUGUCCCAAAUGUGCCAGACUCCAGAAACGAAAGAAACUCCAGGAAGACAUCAGUUUAUGAAAUCUACAUGUCUCUUGCUGCAUUUUAAAUCUGCAUGCAAACAUUCAGGUCUUCAGAGUUUCUUGAACUGUUCAAUACUUGAUAUAUGACUGACAUAUGUAAUUGUGUAAAACACAGAUGAAUGGUCUUUUCAUAAUUAUAAUAUGUCCUGUUAAUGUUUACAUAUUUCAAUUAAGUAACAAGCAUUACCAAGUAUGAUCAGAGACCUGCCAACCUCUGCUAUGUUCAUAUUUUUAUUGGUUACACAGAAUCAGGAUUAAUUAAUGUGUCAGAAAAUGUGAUCACUAUACAUUUGAAAACACACAGCUGAAAUCUGUACAUUAAAAUUCAUCUGUGCACAAUUAUUCUUCUGACAAGAUACAAAAUGUUCUCACUCAAGACCCCUGGAGUUGAUAAUAUAGUCAAAUUCCAUUCUAGUAUUGGGUGUUUUUAAAAUAUGGGCACUUUUAGAAAAUUACAUCUCCUAAAACACAUUUCACACUCAGUAGUUUAUUCUUUAAUUUUGUGAAAUUCAUUUCCACCACAGGGUAAUUUCCACCACAUCUCAAAUUUUAGAUGUUUCAAUGCAUUCUGUAGUUAAAAUUACUUUUUUUUUUUUUUUUAACAUUUUUAAAUAAAAUGGCAGACUUGCAAAUGCUGCUUUGACACUGUUGUCUCCUUGGCAAACAAGCACACUAACUUUAACCUUUACAUGGGGGCAAACUGAUUGGCAUGGUACAGCUCAACUGUGGGGUAGACUGAUUUAUACUGAUAAGUCCUUUUCACAAACGUUAAAAUAUUUAAAUGUUUUAUGUUUAAGUCGUUGUUUAGAUCAUCAUAGUUUAAAUGUGAUAAUAUCAUUUAAUAUUAAUGUAUUAUAUUUCAAAUGUACAUAUGUUUAAGAUUUAAAGCCUGGAUCAAGUGUAAAACAAUAAUCUACAUCUAUAAUAAAACAUCCUAUUAUUUUUAAAAUUGAAAAGAAAA